GACGACUCGGAAAUCGAGUGAACGCAGCCGCGAAGCAAAGCGCAGCGAGUCGGUAGUUGGCGGCUCGAGCAGCUCGCAAUAAGCAGAGUCGGUCGGUCAGUGGUGAUAAGAUUAAACCGUGGUUUAAGAAAGAAAGAUAAGCUGGCGGACUACGAGAGGAAAAUUCUCGAUUGCGGGAGUAUGGAGUAAAGCCAGACCGAGUCCUCGGGCCGACGAAAGCGAUGAACGGUUCUCGGCUUGGCAGAGGCCGUGGUGGCCGGCUCGCGGUCUACGCUGGAAGUCUUGUGGGCCUCCUGCUCCUGGUGAUGGUGUAUCGCGCAGCCGUCUCGGAGAUGGCGAGACUUCGAGAAAUCCACGUCCAGUGCACCCACGACAAAGAAUCGUUGGCCGCGCAGUUUCAAGUGAUAUCCGAGUACAAGAUGAGAAUUGAGAAGUCUCUGGCGGAUGAGAAGAGCGCGAACGUUGCCGCGAAGCAGGAACUCGAGCAUAGGGCGACGAUCGAGAAAUCGCAACGGGACAAGGAUCUCGUGGAAGCGAAUCACAGGUACAACUCUUUGGACCAGGAAUUCAAGACCCUCAAGACCCAGUACAAGGAUUAUCUUGACGAGUGCGCGAUGAAGCAGCAACAGGCGUCCGAGGAGAAGACAAGGCUCGAAAACACUUUGCAGGAGCUCAGGACCGAGGUCCAGCGGGCGCAGGAAGACAGGGACGCGGCGAAGAACAGCCUCGAGAACUUCAAGAACAAGUAUCUUACCGUCGAAACGGAGAAGGGCCGGUUCGAAAACAUGUACAACGACAUGGUCAAGACCAAUGAGGCGACGGCCAUGGAGAAGCAGAAACUCGAGAAACAUGUUCACCAGCUCAAAAUUGAGCUCGAAGAUGUGAAGAGAUCCUGCGGUCAGCCCGCCGCACCUCCGUCAUUUGUAGGCGAACCGAACGGAGCGGCGCCGAAGGAGGCGGAAGGGGGCCAAGACGCUGGAGCAGCAAUGAACCUGGCGAAACCGCCGGCUCCGCAACAGAGCACGUCGACGACGAUGCCGAGGUUGCGAGCAGCGCAGGUUGGCGACGGCUCCUUGAAGUCGAGUACGAAGGGAUCGACGCAACCCGGAGAAAAGUCCUCUCCUGGUGUCCGGAAGGUGAAACUUCCCGCUGGAGUUCCGCCCAUCCCGAAAUUCGAGGCGGAAAGAAACCCCGCGGCAACGAAUGGAGAUAAAGUUGAAAAGGGCCGGGGCGAUGCCGCCGAGCUUCCAUUCGAGGAGGAAAAGCUCCAAGGUCCAGUCGCCGAUAAUCAGGUCGCGAACCCUCCUCAUUUACCCGCCGCGCAACGUCAUCCUGGGGAACAGGCCCAACCUCGCCAGGACAGCUGGGCCUGGCCCGCCAAAGUUGCCCCCGGGGUCCAGGAAAUUGGCGACGAGCUCAGCAACAGGGAAAAGAUACCAGGGCUCGAAGAGACGGGGAUUCGACAAAUUGCUGACGGUGUUGAGUACGGUCAGUACGGUGCUGAUUACGAGAAGGAUUCGCCGAUGAAAAACAACGAUCUGCACUUAGAGGAAGGGGAAGAAGAGGGAGAAGACGGAGACGACCCGCUGGACUAUCCGAUACUCGAGGGAAACAAUAUGAAGGCUGGAAAGAAUCCGGAAUGAGAAGCAACGAUUUAAGAGGGGAAAAAAAAAAAAAAUAAAUAAAAAUUUCCUACCAGAAUAAAUUAACGUUGAGUUACACGUCGCGUAGAGUGAGCUAAUCAAAAAAGGAACAAUAAUAAAUUUUGCGGUGUUGCGGGUGUGUCGGAACAUGGCAAGAAUGCUGAUGGAUAACGCAACGGAAAACCAAAAGGAGAAAAAAGCCAUCCGAUGUUAAAUACUGAACUUAUACGCAGUAGCGUAGCGAUAAUCGAUGACGGUAUAAAAUAAUGAGCGAAAAAAUUCGAAUAAUAACGGUGAAGGUUUGACACUAACCAAUUGAAACACAGUAAUAAUAACAAUAAUGUUAAAUAACGAUAGUGAUUUUAUAGAAGAAUACAUAGACUUAUAUCAGCGUAAACGAAAGAGAGAAGACGAAAGCGAGAUAAAGCACUAUUGUAUAAAAAAAAAAGCAGACAAAAUUUAAUGAAAAAUAUUCCCAGACAAAUAGUUAUAUACGGUUGAUUGAAUGGACUGAUGAUUGAUUAUAGUCUUGUAGGGAAUAGACAGUAUUUUUGUAGAAAAAUAAUAUUGAUAGCCGAGGAAAAUGGAUGAAUGAGUUGCAGGGUGAGCAA